GCGGCAGGUAAAGAGGAGCUGCCAUGUUGGCCUCCUCCAUCCUCCCGUUCCUCCUCCUCCUCCUCCUCCCCCCUCCCUCCCAUCCCGCUGAUGUCUUUGUGGAGCUACAUGACGCCCCCCUCUCUCACCUGGUGCUGGACCCGGGGACGGGGCGCCUCUAUGUGGGUGGGGUCGACCACCUCUACCAGCUGACCUCUGACCUGGAGGUGAUGUCACACGUGAGGACCGGCCCUCACCUGGACUCCCCGGACUGCCUCCCCCCGAUCGUCCCCCAGGACUGCCCCUCGGCCACGCCCACGCACAACCACAACAAACUGCUGCUGGUGGAGGCGGGGCAGGGGGCGGAGCCAGGGAGUCUGAUCGUCUGCGGUUCGCUCUAUCAGGGGAUCUGUGACAAGAGGAGUCUGUCCAACAUCUCUCAGCUCAUCUAUCAGACGUCCAACCCCGUCGACACUCAGUACGUCGCUGCCAACGACCCCCGAGUCUCCACCGUCGCCGUGGUGAUAACCACAGAGAACAAACAGGAGGGGGCCGGCGGCGUCCUGCGUUUGAUGCUGGUUGGUCGAGGCUACACCAGUAAAGGUCCCGGUGAUAUCCCGCCCAUCACGACGCGGCGCCUGUUUCCCGUGGUCCCACCUCGCCGGGCGUUCUCUCAGGAGGAGGAGCUGGGGAAGCUCGUCGUAGGAAGUUACUCCGAGUACAACAACCACUUUGUGAAGGCCAUCGCCCACGGCAACCACGUGUACUUCCUGUUCUCUCGACGGGACAUGUGGCACAAGAAGGAGUACCGGACCUACGCCUCCCGGCUCUGCACCUCCGACCGCAGCUUCUACUCGUACGUGGAGGUGCCGCUGCUGUGCCACGGCGGGUACAACCUGGCUCAGGGGGCGUGGUUAGGAAACCACUCGGGUGAACCCGCCCUGUUCGUCGUCAUGGCAGCGGGACAAGCAUCCACGCCUGUAGCGACCGCUCGCUCGGCGCUGUGCGUUUACGGGAUGGCGGAGCUGGACGCCAUGCUGAGGAAAGCACAGGAAGUGUGUUACACGGAGGGAGGACGAGGAAGCAGCGGACAGGAAGAGGCCUACAUCGAAUACGCCGUGUCAUCAAAAUGUCUGAAAUUACCAAAGGACUCUCUCUCAGAGUACCCCUGUGGGGGGGAACACACCCCGAACCCCAUCGCCAGCGCUGUGCCGCUCAUGGCCACGCCCACAUUCACCUCCACCACCCAGCUGACCUCUGUCACCACUGCGACAGAGGCGGGACACACCAUCGCCUUCCUUGGAGACAGAGAGGGACGACUGAACAAGGUGUUGGUGCGCCCCGAUCGGACAGGUGAUCUGUACGGCAGCGUGUUGGUGGACAGCGACAGUGCCGUCAACGCCGACCUCCUAUUGGACAACAGCCAGCAGCACGUUUAUGUUUUAACCAGCAGCAGGCUGUCGAAGGUUCCGGUGUCGUCAUGUGAGAGACAGGCGGACUGUCGGGCCUGUCUCGCUGUCGGAGACCCGUACUGUGGCUGGUGUGUCCUGGAGGGACGAUGUUCCCGUAAACAUCAGUGUCAGCGCCACGUGCAGCCCAACCAUUGGCUCUGGAGCUUUGAACCAACCAAUCAGUGUGUGACAGUGCAGAGCCUGCAGCCGGCCAAUCAGAGCAAAGAUGAGCAGUCACAGGUAACGCUGUCAGUUGUCCAGCUUCCUGCCCUCACGGAGGCGGAGUCUCUGUCCUGCGUGUUCGGGCUCCUCCCACCUCAGCCUGCCAUUGUCACGGGAACCAGCAUCACCUGUCAGUCACCUGCGCCGGAGCUCCUCCCGCCCAUGCCGACAGGAAGUGAUCACAUGAUCGUACUCGUGUCACUGAUGUUUGGUCAUGUGACCAUCACCACGGGCAACAUGACCUUCUACGACUGUGGCGCCGUGAGCCGACUGAACCAGAGCUCUCAGUGUCUGGCGUGUGUCAGCAGUGUGUGGAGGUGUAACUGGUGUCCUCUGGAUCAACUCUGCACCCACAACCACAGCUGUCCCAACCAGCACAUCAUCCUCAACCAGAGGGAGUCUCCUGGUCCCACUUCCUGUCCUCUGGUCUUCGCCCUGCAGAGUUCUGCCUUAGUGCCGCUGGGCCUGAGCACCACUGUGGUGCUGCAGGGACGAAACCUGGACGUCUACACUGAUGAAGCUCAGUAUGUGUGCGUCGUGGAAGUCGAAGGAGUCCAGUUCAAUCUGCCAGCUGCCGUAGAGAAGACGCACGACGGCACGCACACCUUCACCUGCAGCCCACACCAGUUUCAGUAUGCUGUCAGUCAGCUUCAGUAUUCAGCACCUGUUUAUCUGCGUAGAGGAGAGAGACGCAUCGACGCCUCACCUGGCCUACGACUCCAGCUGUAUGACUGCUCAGCCGGCCAAUCAGAUUGCUCACAGUGCAGGGCGGUGCCGCAGGAAUACGGCUGCGUGUGGUGUCCAGGAAGCCCCGCCCCCAGCUGUGUCUACAACCAGUCCUGUACCAGUGUACCUGCAGACACCUGCCCUCCUCCUCAGAUCUCACAGGUGCUACCUGUCUCCGGUCCUCUGGAGGGCGGCGUCCUGGUAACGAUCACAGGUUCCAAUCUGGGGAUGAGGCACCAGGAUGUGGUGGGCGGAGUCACAGUGGCAGGUGUUCAGUGUUUGCCUCAGUCUGAAGGAUACCAGAUCUCCACCAGGGUUGUGUGUGAGCUGCAGCCCACUGGGAAGCAGAGGGAGGGGCCUGUCCUGGUUACCGUGGGAACAACGCCACCUGGACGUUCAACGCAGAUCUUCACCUAUCAGGACCCGCAGCUGCUGGACCUGGUGCCUGAUAAAGGUCCGGUCUCUGGAGGAACCAAACUGACCAUCAGAGGACGACAGCUGCUGACCGGACAAAAGUCUGACUUGAGCGCCUUCCUGGGCCCCCAGCCCUGCUACAUAGUGGAGGAGGUGAAUGACACCCAGCUGGUGUGUCAGACUGGUUCCAGUAAUCAGACGGGUGGAGUCACAGUUCGGGUUUUCUUUGGCAAAGCAGAGAGAAACGUUCCCAACGUCACCUUCCGUUACCUGGACGACCCCGUCAUCACCGACGCCACGCCUGCGGAGAGCUUCUACGCAGGCGGGCGUGUCGUUAUGGUGACAGGCAGAAACCUGGAUGUGGUGCAGCAGCCAAUCAUAGCGGUGUGGGUGGAGCCUCUGGAGGACCAGAGGGUGAGACGAAGAAGACGAUUGGCUCUUCUCACCGCCAAGCAGCAGCUGGUCUUCAACAGCACCAUGACAACGGUGUCGGAGCGCUGCACUGUCCUGUCGUCCUCUCAGAUGACCUGUCCGACCCCCAGGGUGACCCCAGAGUUCAAAGUGAAGGGCGUCUGGUUCCAGCUGGACAAUGUCAGAGUCCACUACGAAACCAUCAAGGGAAAAAGCUUCACUUAUUAUUCAAACCCGCAAUUUUUCCCUCUGAACCGAGAAGCUCCCGACGCUCCGUAUCGCUUCAAACCCGGAGGAGUGAUCGCUGUGGAGGGUCAGGACCUGACCAGAGCCAUAUCCAGACAGGAAGUGACGGCUCGGCUUGGAGAUCAGGAGUGUGAGGUUAAAACUCUGGACAACACUCACCUGUACUGUGAACCUCCAGAGAUUCAACCGAUGAGUGUGGACAACAGCAACGAGCUGCCCAGCCUCAAGGUGUUCAUGGGAAAUCUGCAGAAGGACCUGGGAUUGGUUCAGUACGACAGUGACUCUCUACUGUCUCCCGUCCCAUUGGCUGCUCAGAUCAGUUUGGGGGCGGGAGCUGCUGUCAUCAUACUGUCAGUGCUGGUGGUCAUCCUGAUGUACAGGAGGAAGAGUAAACAGGCCCUCAGAGAUUACAAGAAGGUUUUGCUGCAGUUGGAAACUCUGGAGAUCAACGUGGGAGACCAGUGUCGCAAAGAGUUCACCGACCUGAUGACAGAAAUGAUGGAUCUGAGCAGUGAUGUUGGAGGACCGGGCCUCCCCCUGCUGGACUACAAGACGUACGCAGAGAGAGUCUUCUUCCCCGGCCAGCAGGUGGCGCCGCUGAGCCGCCAGCUGGAUCUGCCGGAGUCCAGGAAGCAGACUGUGGAGCAGGGCCUCCAGCAGCUCAACAACCUGCUCAACAACAGACUCUUCCUCACCAGGUUCAUCCACACUCUGGAGGCCCAGCAGGGUUUCUCUCAGAGAGACCGGGGUUACGUUGCCAGCCUGCUCACCAUAGCGCUGCACGACAAACUGGAGUAUUUCACCGAGGUCAUGAAGAGUCUGCUGCAGGACCUGGUGCAGCAGUAUGUCGCCAAGAACCCCAAACUCAUGCUACGCCGGACGGAGACGGUUGUAGAGAAGAUGUUGACCAACUGGAUGUCCAUCUGUCUCUACUCCUUCCUCAAGGAGGUGGCGGGGGAGCCUCUCUACAUGCUCUACAGAGCGAUAAAGUACCAGGUGGAUAAAGGGCCGGUCGACGUGGUGACGGGAAAAGCCAAACGGACGCUGAACGACAGCCACCUGCUGCGCGAGGACAUCGACUACUGCGCUAUGACUCUGACAGUGUUGGUGAAGAAUGGAGUUGAGGUCCAACCCUGUCCUGUUAAAGUCCUCGACACUGACACCAUCACACAGGUGAAGGACAAGAUCCUGGAUCAGGUCUACAGAGGGGCCCCGUUCUCUCAGAGACCAGCAGCAGACAGUCUGGACCUGGAGUGGCGUUCAGGUCAGGCAGGUCACCUGACCCUGUCAGAUGAUGAUGUCACAGCGGUGGUUCAUGGUCGCUGGAAACGAAUCAACACUCUGCAGCACUACAAGGUUCCAGACGGAGCAACUGUCGCUCUGAUUCCUCGUUCUCAGAGUUCAGGUGGAGUCAACCAGGUCUUCCAGACCGGAGAGAAAACGCCGAUGCUGGAGGGCGAGGAGGAGGAGGGUCUGCGUCUGUGGCACCUGGUGAAGAGCAGCGAAGAUCCUGAAAUCCCAAAACACCGGAAGAGCAGCAUGAGGGAGAGAGAGAGAGCAAAGGCCAUACCUGAGAUUUACCUGACCAGACUGCUGUCCAUGAAGGGAACGUUGCAGAAGUUUGUGGAUGACGUCUUUGUGGCGAUCCUCAGUACGAAGCGUCCUCCUCCCAUUGCAGUCAGAUUCUUCUUCGACUUCCUGGACGACAUGGCAGAGAAACACGGCAUCGACGACCCCGAGACCGUCCACAUCUGGAAGACAAACAGUCUUCCUCUCAGGUUCUGGGUGAACAUCCUGAAGAAUCCACAGUUUGUUUUGGACGUUCAGGUGACCGACAGCAUCGACGCUGUCCUAUCUGUCAUCGCUCAGACCUUCAUCGACUCCUGCACCACCUCUGAGCACAAAGUGGGACGGGACUCACCUGUCAACAAGCUGUUGUACGCUAGAGAGAUCCCUCGAUACAAACAGCUGGUGGAGAGGUAUUACAGUGAUAUCCACAGCGCUGCGUCAGGCUGCUAUCAGGAGAUGAACUCCACUCUGACUGAGCUGUCCGGGAGUUUUGCCUCAGAGAUGAACAGCCUCGUUGCUCUUCAUGAACUUUACAAGUACAUCAACAAAUAUUACGACCAGAUCAUCAUGUCUCUGGAGGAGGACAGUUCAGGUCAGAAGAUGCAGUUGGCCUAUCGGCUGCAGCAGGUCGCCGCCUUGGUGGAGAACAAGGUCACGGACCUCUGAUGGCCUCUGACCCCGUGACCCUGAAGACACUCGGAGACCUCGCUGAGGAGAAGCAGGAUGUAGAAGCUUUCUGUUGAACAUCAGCAGCUCUGAGAGACUGAAACUCUGGAAAUCAAAGGAUUCCUGUCAACGCUGUCUUCCUGCUGUGUGUGUGUGUGUGUGUGUGUGUGUGUGUGUGUGUUGGGGAUAUAUGAGGUUUUUAUAGUCAGACUCAGGAGAUCCCAGUUUUUUUAAAUCCUUUUUUCUCCGCAGCAGCAUUCAAACUUAAACUGACCCGAAUCCAAACCUAAACCAAACCUAAACCCGGCGUGAGACCAACCUGAUACCAGAAAACGACAAUCUAACCAAUCAGAUCAGGGAACAUCGUAAUCACCUGCUGCCUUGCACUGUAUUUCCCAGAGUUCCCUGCUGCUCUGCUGUCAGUGUGGAGUCAGAAAGCACAAUUUUGAUAGUUUCUAUUCUGAUCACGUGCAUUGAUUAUUGACCUGCUGAUCUCAGACUUGCUGGAUGUUUUUUAUCGACAGUAUUGCUGACCAGAUUGUUUUGCCUUUUUACUACUGAAACCAGCACAACUCAUGCAUGUCAGGAGAUCCCAAAAUUUAGCGGGAGUUUUACUGAACGCAAUAACAGAAUCAGGGAGUGUUUUUUUCUAAUCGCAUUUUCAGUGUGACACCAGUUUCUGCUUCUUUCUUAAACUUGACCCCUGACAACCUCAGGACCUGACCCGACCUGCGCUGGUUCCCAGUCUUUCCAGUCUUCCUCAGUUUCAGGUCGAGUCCAGAUUCACCGGGCUUCUCAGGGUUGUGUAAGUUCCAGUGUAAAUUUAUUGGACCUGAUAACAUUCGACACAUGCUGAAUAUUUAUUUAUCUGCCAAUCAGCACACAGUAGAUUGGUGGAUUGAAGAAGGAACGUAGCCCAGUUAUGCUUGUUGACCUCGGUGCUGCCGAUUACCUCUUCUUCUUGACGACGAUGAUGAAAGUGUAAAAGUGUCAAAAUGAAGUAAUUGUUUCUAGUGUAGACAAGAAAGGAUUGGUUUCACAUUGCCAAAACUGAAUCUUGGACCCCUGCCUAGUACCGCUCGUUUUUUAAUUUAUAAUAGACAAGCUGAUCUCGGGUUCAGGCAACAUCCCAGGGUCAAUUUUUAAUGUGGUACAUUGUAGAGUUAUGAAGACAUCUACUCUCAACGCUAGUUCUGAGUGGUGACGUUAGGCUUCCAGCUGCUGUGGAAUAGAUUCAUCACUAACAGUGGAUUCACCUCUAGAGUCCAUUUUAAGACCCGGUCAUACCGAAGUUACUGGUCCUCAUGAAGUCCUCAUGAAGUUUGUGGUUUUAUCAACUUGGUGACGUAGCGACUACUUACAGAGCUUGCCAGUGAACUACCGUAGUUGGUGAGCAAACACCAACAUGCCUACCAGACAGGAACAUGCUAGCACUGGUGGUCAGUCAAAACUAAAGCUAAACACGCGCAGCUAAAUUAGUGUUAGAGUUUUGAAUCAGAGCUCAAAGAAGCAUAUUUGUACCAUCAACUCCUGCAUGAAGACUGACUGUAGCCCUGCUGUAUCUUUGUUGUGGAGCACCACUUUAUGCUCUGACAGAGAUGGUGACCAUAGACUGGAUAAAACAUGGACGUAGUCUCUAUGACGUUGUUUCUGAAGAGCCAUGGUGAAGCUCAAUGUGGGUGUUUCCGUCAGUCGCCAUCUUGGCUGGAGUGUCUAAUCAAAGCUGAGGCAGCCAAAUGAAGCCUGGUUGCUGAACCACCUAGCGGCUAGCCACCCGAGAAUCCACCUACUUGUUACUCGAAAUGUCCUCGUACUUCAUUAUGCAUAACUUUAAGCCUCAGUAUAAUUUAAACAGGGAAGUUAUAUAAAGAUUCCCCCCCGUGCACGGUUGCCAUGAACGGGGAAAUCAGGCCAAAACUGUUUUGUACCAGGCUGUAAACAUGUUUAUUUUUGUGCUGUAAAGUUGGGCAUUUUAACAUGGCGGUCUAUGGGGCUUGACUCGCUUUUUGGUGCCAGCCUCAAGUGGCCAUUUUUGGCACACAGCUAAUAAGCUACGAUAGCAUCCUCCAUUUUGGCACAAUAAUUUGCUAGCUAGCUGCUCCAAUGAAGGAAUCUCCAUGUGCCCGGGUCCCGAAACAAAACUAGCCGUUGAGUAACAUGUUGAAAAACUGGAAGAUGAAGAACAGAAAGAUGAACGGAAACUGGAAUCACACUGAAAAUUAAGUUUAACUGAAACAUUAAAGUUGAACCUGCUGAAUGAACAAAGAGCUGAUCAAUGAUUAAAAACAAUCUUAAAUUGGGGGAGGGGGGCGUUAAACUGUGUGUGUGUUUGUGUGUUUGCUAUAGUCACUAACUUAUUAUGUGUACAUACUGUAAGUCCUAUUUAUACCUAUUUAAUCCCGGCUGUGCCUUCACUCUUGCAGCUAGGUGGCGCUGUCUGUCUGUCUGUCCUGGCAGCAGCCUUAUUGAUCACGUGUCCCAGUUCAACAUGGGAAGAUAAAUUCAUUGUAAUAAUUGGCUCUUAUUGAACCAUUGAGGGAAAACAACCAGCAACUUACACAAACCCUCAUGUACAAAUAUAAAAGUCUGAGUAUCACUGGAUAUACGCUACAAACAGCUAGCAUAACAUUACUCUACAUUGACAAAAACAAUCUCAAUUUUCUUGCUCACUCACUUACUUGAUUAGGUUGGUUUGUCAACUGCUGUUUCAAAUGUUACUGACAUAAUGUUACAACUGUGUAAGAUCGUUGAACAAAAACAGCUAUCAUAGCAAAACAGCUAGCAUAACACUGGAUAUACACAGAGCUAGCAUAACGUUGGAUAUGCUAACUGUGUGAAAGUAGCUGUUUGUAGUAAGUGUUAACUGUCACACAGGCUGAAUCUGAAAACUUCCCUGCACUCACUCACAGACUUCGAUAUGUCAUGAUGUAAAAGAAAGUUAAAGGUUGUUUUUUGUUCAACUAAGACAAAAGCAGUUGGACCACAUACGACGUGAGGAUCCUCGGCUGAUGGUUUGAUCUACAUACAUCGUCAGUAGUAAAGGGAAGGUUUUACUGGACAUAUCCACCGUUCUCUAUCUCUACGUAAACCAGCACAUAUUUUGCAAAUAACUACCAGUAUGAAGAAACUUUUCAGACUAAAGCUCAAGGUCUAAAGUCGUGUCUUAGAGUGCAG